GCGGUGUGCCACUCCCGGGAGCAGCUUCUGGAGGUCUAUGCUGCUCGUGCAGCCGCCGUGCCACCUCGGUGGCUGCAGGCCCGUGCCCCGCUGCCGCACGCGGUGCCCCGCGCAUGGACGGCGUGCGUGAGGUUCUUUCUUCCGCCGCGUUGGAGAACCACGGGGACCACUGGAUCGAAGGCAUGAGCAUGAGGCCUGCUUGUGCAUCCAGCGCCACUGGCGGAAGCUUCAGGAGUCCCGACGAAAUACCGACUUCUUCAUGGGAGACCAAGCUUCACCUGGCUUCCGAGAGGUCGUCUUCGGUGCCCAGUUCCGUCGGUCCUAGCUGCUGGGCCGAGCUGGACGUGGUCCGCGGCGCAGCGCGUCGGCUUCAUCUCGCACCCGCUCCUUGGGCGGCUCACAGGUGA